CCCACCGACAGGCCGCUGGGUUCAGGAGAGUGCCGAGUCCUUUCUCUUCCCCAAGUAAAGACAGAACACCCUGGAACCAUGGCCAGCCCUUCUGGCAGCCCUGAAGAUUCGGGCAAGCUCAGAGGCAGGGAUGGCCGGCAGAGGCGGGAGGAGGAGGAUGCCCCUCCGGAGGAGAAGAGAUUGAAGCUGGGGCUGGAGGGAGGAAGCGCAGCGCAGGAGGAAGAAGACGCGCCACGUCUGGGCAGGGAAGAGACCGGCACCCAGACAGGUGGCGAAGGCAGAGGUGACGACAAAUGUGAGAACUCCACCCUCCUCUCUAGGGCCAGGAACAGUCCAGAAGACUCAGUUUUGACAAGCCUGGCUGCCAGCAAAGCUGAGGAAACUGCUCACAGAACUCAUGCCAGUGGCACUUACAGCUUCCUUGAUCGGACUCAGCAUUCAGAUAUCAAAGCAGACUGCAAUACCUGUGUGGAAAUAGAGGACAGAAAGGUUUCAAGACAACAGAUGAAUUGUGAAAGAGAGCAGCUAAGGGGUAAUCAGGAAGCAGCAGCUGCCCCGGACACAAUGGCUCAGCCUUACGCUUCGGCCCAGUUUGCUCCCCCUCAGAACGGCAUCCCCGCGGAAUACACGGCCCCUCAUCCCCACCCCGCGCCAGAGUACACGGGCCAGACGACCGUCCCCGAGCACACGUUAAACCUGUACCCUCCCGCCCAGACGCACUCGGAGCAGAGCGCAGCGGACACUAGCGCGCAGACAGUGUCGGGCACCGCCACACAGACAGAUGACGCGGCACCAACGGAUGGCCAACCCCAGACACAACCUUCCGAAAACACAGAAAACAAGUCCCAGCCCAAGCGGCUGCAUGUCUCCAACAUCCCCUUCAGGUUCCGGGAUCCGGACCUCCGACAAAUGUUUGGCCAAUUUGGUAAAAUCUUAGAUGUUGAAAUUAUUUUUAAUGAGCGAGGCUCAAAGGGAUUUGGUUUCGUAACUUUCGAAAAUAGUGCCGAUGCGGACAGGGCGAGGGAGAAAUUACACGGCACCGUGGUAGAGGGCCGUAAAAUCGAGGUAAAUAAUGCCACAGCACGUGUAAUGACAAAUAAAAAGACUGUCAACCCUUAUACAAACGGCUGGAAAUUGAAUCCAGUUGUGGGUGCAGUCUACAGCCCCGAAUUCUAUGCAGGCACGGUGCUGUUGUGCCAGGCAAACCAGGAGGGAUCUUCCAUGUACAGUGCCCCCAGUUCACUUGUAUAUACUUCCGCAAUGCCCGGCUUCCCGUAUCCAGCCGCCACCGCCGCGGCCGCCUACCGAGGGGCACACCUACGAGGCCGCGGCCGCACCGUGUACAACACCUUCCGGGCCGCGGCGCCCCCGCCCCCGAUCCCGGCCUACGGCGGAGUAGUGUAUCAAGAGCCUGUGUAUGGCAAUAAAUUGCUGCAGGGUGGUUAUGCUGCAUACCGCUACGCCCAGCCAACCCCUGCCACUGCCACUGCCUACAGUGACAGAAAUCAGUUCGUCUUCGUUGCAGCAGAUGAAAUUUCUUGUAACACCUCUGCAGUUACGGACGAGUUUAUGCUGCCGACCCCUACCACCACACACUUGCUCCAGCCCCCACCUACAGCGUUGGUGCCAUGAAUGCUUUUGCACCCUUGACUGAUGCCAAGACUAGGAGCCAUGCUGAUGAUGUGGGUCUCGUUCUUUCUUCAUUGCAGGCUAGUAUAUACCGAGGGGGAUACAACCGUUUUGCUCCAUACUAAAUGACAAAACCAUUAAAACCUUCCAAUGUGGGGAGAGAGGAGCUUUCUGAGGCCUGGGUAUUGCAAUACACGCAGUAGUACAUCAUUUUAGCAGCUCUAAAAAUUAAAAAAAAAAAAAAAAAGAGGAAAAAAAUUACAUUUUUUAUCUUAUACCUCAGAUAUUUUGUUCUGUGUAUUUUAAUAUUGUGGGUCUUUAAUUUCUGAAGGUUCCGUAGUUUGGUUGCUGGCUGUAGGAGUUUUUGUGGUUGAAAUAGAGAGACGCUAGCUAUGAAUAAAAACUGGUUUAGGGCCAUAUCCAGAGUGCUAUAUCAUGUAAAUGAAUUAUAUAUGCUGAAUCUUAAGCUACUGGGGUUAUCAGCUGUCCGGGAAGAGUGUAAGUGACUACAAUAGUCAUUUUUUUCUGCAUCUGCAUUAUUUUAUUUUACGAGCGGGGGAAGGGUGGGAGGGUCUUAGGGGAUGGGGACUGGGAUUUGGGUUAAAAGGAAACACAAAAUAGUAACUGACGAAUCCAAACGACCCACUGCACCAACGAUCAUGUCAGCGGUUCUAAGUUACUCAUUGAGUUCAAGCCAAAGGUUAUGUUGUUAAAGGGGUGCUUCUAAAAGCACUUUGUGCAUCCAAGUUGAAUGAAGCUGUGCAAACCCACCCUUUAAACCAUUCCACCUGGUAGUAUUCAGCUUCUCAACCAGCCGCUAGUUAUUUAGGCAAAAACUGGUAGUUAGGCCAUCAACAAGCAUUCUUUUUAUAUUUCUUCCAGUAUAAUAAAUUAUUGAUAUCAUUGCUGACUUUUAUAUUACGGGAGGGAAAAAAAAUAACAUUAAUAAAAAGGUGAUAAAAAGCACUGUUUCUAUUUUUUUCUUUUUUUCCAAAAAAAGAAAGUAAUAACUUAAAUUCUUUGUACCAGUUAAAAAAAAUGUAUAAAAUUUACAUCUGUGCAGUGGAGUUGUUAAGUUCUAGAAACAGUCUAUGAAGCUUUAGUUUUAGCCUAAGUAGAACUGUUAGAGACAGAUGUAUAAUUUUUAUGGAAUUACAUGAUAAUCAUAUUCGGAUUUAUAGAAGCAUUUUACAAGUAUUGCAAUCAUUGAGUAGAGAUAAUCAUGGUAUUUUCAUCAGCUUGGUACUUUUUGAAACAUGACUGUGUUGUGUGAGCAAUCUGCAAUUUUUCUGUCCGUGAGAGCCGGCCCUCCUCCUCCGCCUGGUCCCCAAGGAUUCUCUCAAACCAGUAUCUUUAGUUCUGUCUCCAAGGCCCAGGACACUUGUCAGAAGGAAGCAAAAAAAAAAAAGUAGGCUCCACCCUCUUUGCCCCCCUGCCCAAGAACAAAGCUCCGCCCCCCCACCCACCUCAGCAGCAGGGCCAGAGUGACACAGCCGAAAAAUUGCAGUUUGUACUCCUUCUGUUUGAACUCUUUCCAUGUUGUCCUGUUUACAAGUUAACCUAAGUUGGGGUAUCUGUCACGGGUCUUCCUGUUUUUGUAUUUAAAUAAAAAAACAAACAAACAGCGGCCAGCCGCCUCCAGUAGUUUUCGCUGCCAUAGGUCAGUCUCCCUGUGUACAGCUAGGUCCUAUGGCACGCCCUUCAGUCAAUUAUCAACUCACCGCUGUGAACCUGCCAAUCUGCUUUAACAACUCUGCUUUCAAACAAAACCAAACAAAACUUAAAAAAAAAAAAAAAAAGUGUUUGUGAUCCAGCUUUCUCUUGUCAUCCUAUGUGCAUGCAGUAAGAUCGGUUGGAUAUUAAACCAUCAAUAAAGUUUCACAAGAUUUGAAAACAAAGUUUCUGUAGCUUCGAUAUCUAAGACAGAUGCUCAGGAUCUGGAGAGGAGCGAGGGGGGGGGGGAGGGGGGAACCUG